AUGGCGGGCAUUCGUUGGGGCAGUUUAUUUCCCAUAGUCAUGGGCGUCGUCGCCGUCGCACUGGGCAUAACACUGCUGGCUACGGGAAGCAAGGUCAGCAGCGCAAACGUCAACGAUGCGUGGCUCAUUCUCAAUAUGACCAAGGCAGGGCAGAGCCAGAUCGAGAUAACACCGGCCAACAACGGCCCGGCCAGUGGCAAUGCCGACCCCAACAGCGUCCAGGGCAUCAUCAACGGCCUCAUCAACGGCAUCUCCAACAACCUGACGGGCAUGCUCAACGGCGCCGUCCAGGACCUCCAGGGCCAGCUCAUCAGCAACGUGACUAGGUCGCUCAACGUCAAGGACGCUUAUGUCAUGUUUAUCACUCGGCAGUGCGAGGGCGACUAUGUGGACCGGCUCAACCCACGCUCCGAGAUACGGAUCACGGAUUGCUAUUCCUACGAGGACAAGAACAAAGGUCACAUCCCCAGCACCUUCACCGUGGCGACGGCCAACGUCACCGUGCCCCUGAUCCAAGUCAUGAGCACGACUCUGGGCCUGCUGGUCGACGUCAUCACCAUAGGCAGCCGCUUCAUGACGGCGAUGCUGGUGAUCGGGACGAUCGGGACGGGCGUGGCGGUGCUGGGCUCCUUUGUGUUCCUGGCGGCCGGGCGCACGCGGCCCGCCGUGGUGGCGUGGACGACGUCUGCGCUGCUGGGCUCGGCCGCCUUCUGGGUCCUGGCCAUCGCGGGCACGGCCAUCGCGUACGGCGGGUCGGGCGCCAUGGACUCGGGCGGCGAGGCGCUCAACAUGUCGGCGCGCACCACGAGCGCCUUCCUCGCCCUGGCCUGGCUGGCCGCCGUCUUCGCCGCCUUCGCCGCCCUGUUCUGGUGGGUCGUGUGGUUCGUCGAGUUCAGGCGCCACUCGUACAAGAAGCGCGCCCGCACCCCGAACCAGAUCGGCAACUACAAGGGCAUCUGGCAGGAGGUCAAGGACGACCACACCGUCACCGAGGCCGAGCCCGGCUCCAAGGAGGAGGCUGCCAUCAUGGGCACCGCGCAACCGUUGGCGUCGACGAGGUUUGUUUAA